UGAUGACGUCGUACAGAGGCGGUACGGGCUUGCCACGUCGGUCUCUGUGAAAUGCAUUCACACAGUUGCUCCUCGGAGCAUUUGGCUUAACUUUUUGAGAAAGACGCAUUUUUCUUUCCAACACAGAGUGACCGGGGACCGAACCAGCGUAUUUGGAACCACCGUAGCUCAUCUCCACGCUGCUGCGUUCGGUCUUAUAGGAGUAAAAAGCAGGCGGAGGAAUGCUCGGUUCGUCUGGACUCGUCCGGCUGGAAGCCACACAAGUGACUGAUGCAUCCUCGUUCACUUCACGCUCAUGCAUGUUGUCUUUGGCCCCAGCAUAUAUGGUCGCUCAGUAAGGAGCAAAGGGGAGUCCCAGCGUCCGAGGUUGCCACGGUAACCGGCGACCAUGCCAGGAGGUCGCAGGGGUCCCAGCAGACAGCAGUUGAGCCGCUCUGCCCUGCCAUCCCUGCAAACUCUUGUUGGAGGCAACCUGGGCAAUGGUACGGGCUUCAGAAACAGGAACAGUAGCUCCUUGGGUCUGUCCGCGCCACCUAUCUCGACCGUCAUCACACCAGAGCCCGUCCGCCACUCAAAGAUUCCACUGCUGCCGUCGGACAGCAGCCUGUUGUUUGAGUUCCUGCUCUUUCUCUAUCUACUGGUGGCCUUGUUUGUCCAGUACGUCAACAUCUACAGGACAGUUUGGUGGUACCCAUACAGCCAGCCACCCACCUCUACCUCACUCAGCUUCCAUCUAAUGGACUACCACCUGGCUAUCUUCAUUACAGUCAUGCUGGCCAGGAGGCUUGUUUGGACAAUAGUUUCAGAGCUGUCUCAGAACAGCAGGAGCUCGGUGGUCUGCUAUUUGAUUUUGAUUGCAGCAAGACUGUUUCUGCUCACCAUGUGUUGUUGGGUGCUCUGCUGGACGCUGGUCAACCUUUGCAAGAACCACUCUGUUCUCAACCUCCUCUUCUUGGGAUACCCGUUCGGCGUAUAUGUCCCACUCUGCUGUUUCCACCAGGAAGGACCGAAGAGCCAAACGUCAUCAGUCGACUGCGACUACUCGGCCGACCACCAGCAAGCGGAGCUAUCGGACGCUCCCUUCUUUCGACCCCGGGAUUUCCUCUUGUUGUUACGAGAGAACCUCAGAGAACAGUUUUCGGCACCGCAGCACAUGCCCACGCACACCUGCCCGCCGCACACGCACACUCACACGCCUGAGCUGAUUCGAUCAGAGGUGGAGGAGCUCAAGAGCGACUUUAAUCGGCGGAUUAAGGAAGUGCUGUUCAACUCGCUGUUCAGUGCUUAUUACGUUGCCUUCUUGCCGCUAUGCUUUGUGAGGAGCACCCAAUACUAUGACAUGCGCUGGUCAUGUGAGCAUCUGAUCAUGGUGUGGAUCAAUGCCUUUGUGAUGCUGAUGAGCCAGCUGCUGCCCCCAAACUACUGCGACCUGCUUCAUCGCUCUGCGGCCCACCUGGGCCGAUGGCAGAAGCUGGAGCACGGAUCAUACAGCAACGCACCUCAGCAUUUAUGGUCCGACCAGACAGUUUGGCCUCAGGGGGUGUUGGUACGACACAGCCGCUGUCUGUAUAAAGCAAUUGGACCGUAUAAUGUCGCGAUGCCCUCUGAUGUUUCACAUGCGAGAUUUUAUUUCCUCUUCCACAAGCCAUUGCGGAUCCUAAACCUGCUGAUCUGGAUCGAGACCAGCGUGGUUCUGUAUCAGUUAUACUCGCUGUUCCUCUCCGAGCGCUGGAACCACACUCUCUCUCUGGGCCUUAUUCUUUUCUGCAACUACUAUGUCCUUUUCAAGCUGCUCAGAGACCGCAUAGUGCUGGGCAAAGCCUACUCAUACCCUCUGUCCAGCAGUUUGGGCUUAAAGUCGCAGUAAAGACAUCCUCCACACCCUAGUGCGUGUGCGCUGGAGGUGGGGGAAGUGCAGCCGUGUUCAAAUUGGGAAACCAGAUGGGUGUUCGCCGCUCGCAACUGGAGUGUAAGGGACAGGAAUACGAACUCAUAACCGUGUUUUGAUACGGUUAUAUUUUUAAUGCAAUGUUUGUAUAAACCUAUUUAAAAGAAUAUUUUAUUUUGUAUACUAUUUCGCGUUACACCGGGCAUUACCACGCUGACGACAUUAGCAUGCCGCGUUGUGUUGUUGAUAAGUUUCACCAAAGAUGUAGUUUAAAAAAAACAAAAAAAAACACGUCAGUCAACAGUUAUACAUUCUGUCCA